AUGGACCCUCUUGGCGGGCGCGACAAGCCGAUAGGCCAGGCAGCUCCACCGUCAUAUGGCAAUGCAAACGCGGAUGCCCAUCCAGCGAUUGAUAUCUCCGCCUCUUUCGCCAACUUGAGCCUCGCUUCAGGACCACACGACCCUACUUCAGAUUCAUGCUUGGCACAUCUCAAGCUCCUAUACGCGUUCCAAGUCCUUAAGGAGGACAUAGGAUAUACUGACGGGCUUUGGGGGCUCUGGGAUACUCGUGCCCAAGGGAAACGCGACAUCCUACGCCCCGAUGAGAUUAUCAAAGCGCCCGAGCCAACCAAGGAUGGAGUUCCAAAUGAUCACAAUGCACAACAAGAGGCUCUAAGCAAGGUAAGGGAAAAAAGAUGGGCUGUUUUCGUAGCCCGCGCAGUCGAUCGUUACGAAAGCUGGUGGAAAUCCAUGAGCGAUGAGAACCCGUUGCAAGAACAAGAUAUGGAAAACGACGGCUGCCUCGCCUAUGAUGAGUUCCCCAGCACUGGCGGAAAUGGAAAUCUCUGGUCGAGCGGGCAGCUGCCACCCCUUGACGUACUUAUGGUUUGGCACUCACACAUGCUCAACCCCAGGGCAUAUCUUGAAGAUUGCUUGCGGGCAGGGCUCAGACAACUUUGGUGGCAUGGAAUGCCCUGGACACUCAUCAACAAUGCCAUCGACUCCAGCUUCGCCUACAGCGUCUCCGACGAUAUCAAGGCUGUGUGGGUUGCGAAUACGGAUCAUUCAUGGGAAAACACCGAAGGCAGGACGCAAAAGGCUGUUAAUUGCCCCAUUUGCACAAAACAACACCUUAUAGCCUGGACCACCUGUGGCGCAGAUGAGCGAGCGGAUGAAGCCAACAUACCUAGCCUGAUAGGCUCCGGGUACGGUGACGGCGAGUUCCAAUAUGCCUGCUAUGGCUGUGGAACCAAUUUAACAAAAGAGCUGCUCAGUCUCGCUAAAUUUGACACUGACAUGAAGAAAUUGCUAAGAAAAGGCGUCCCGAUGCCGGGUACGGUACUUGAGCCUCAGAGUGGGAAACCCAAGUCGUAUAAGAGCCGAUCAACAGAAUACGCAUUCGCAAAGCUCCAGGAUCCCCUGCGCCUUCCAAACAGACUCAUCCAGCAGGUUCUGUCAUUUCAGCUCCACGACCUGAGGACCCAAUCUCAACAUCCAGGCUUCCAACCUCCAACAAUGGAGGAUAUCCGGCGAACAAUUGAGGCCACGCUUACAGACUCCGGAAAAUUAGACCAACUAGUCGCAAGAGUGCCAAGUAGCCACAGGAUUGGCAGAGCAACAUUCCCACCAGUAGCUGGAGUAGCGAUCCGCAAAAUGAUGAGCCGAUACUGGGACAACUUUUCAACCUUCGCACUGGAUCUAUGCGGUGCUGUAAUGCGGCAGGGCGUUUUCGUUGAGAAAAUGUACCAUUUGGAUUGGCUACACUCUCCUGUUGCGCCUCAGACAAUGACCCGAAUCUGUGGAAAGUACAAGAGGUUUUUGGCGAUCAUGGAGGAUAACCCUACUCAACUAUGCGUGCCAACACUCGACGUUGAUCUGGCCUGGCACACACAUCAACUCUCCCCAUCAGCAUAUUAUACAGCCGUAACAUCUGCAAGUGAAGACGCCAAAUUCAUUGACCAUGAUGAUAAGAUCAGUGAUGACAAGCUGAGUCGAGCUUUUGAGUGGACGAGCAAAACCUACCAGCAGACGUACCAUGAGGUGUAUUCUGAAUGCACAUGCUGGUAUUGUGAGACGGUCCGCUCAUCACACAUCUCGUCCCUCGGCAAAGCACUGGGUCUUUCCACCAAUGACACAAUCGCUAAUCAAUUUCAUGAGUCAGGGGCAGCCCAGCUGUGUCCCCCGAACAACUCGGCGCACAUCUCUGCGCACAACGCUGUAUCCUAUAAGCUCACUGACCCAGGCAACGCGAAGAUGAUCAUUUCCAAGAGUUUUAGCGAUACGGCCCGCCGCGCGUACCAGCGUCGUCUCGAGGACAACUAUCAAAAGGCGUGCAAGCGGGCAGGCAAGAAGGGGCGUACACUGCCUCCGAGGGACGAAUAUUACAGCCACUGGGGAUAUCCAUACUACAUGUAUGGGCCAUACGUAUACCCUCCGUACUAUACACCGGGGCUGUAUCCUGGCUAUGACCCCCACUCCGUUCCAUGUGAAGGGUCCGGUUGCCCGGGAGCUUGUGCAUCAGGGACUUGUGGCGGAGGGGUUGCUUCGGGAGCCUGCGGUGGUCCUGGAGGCUGCGGGAGCUCCAGCGGCGGGGGUAGCAGCAGCGGCGAUGGAGGCAGUAGCGGUGGCUGCGGUGGAGGAGGUGGAGGAGGCGGAGGAGGCGGAGGAGAUUAG